CUCUCUACAUAGUAUUUCUUCAUGGAUUCUUCCAAAGUUAGUGGACAUUUAUCCAUGAAUGGUGGCGAUGGAGCUCACAGCUAUGCCAAAAACUCAUCCUACCAGAGAGGAAUAUUGGAGGCUGCAACGGCAAUCAUCGAAGAAGAAAUCGCCACAAAAUUAGAGAUUUCAACUAAUAGCUUCUGCAUUGCCGAUUUCGGGUGCUCAACCGGAAACAACUCUUUUCCGGCCAUGCACACGAUCAUCGAAGCUGUCAAACAAAAAUACGAAUCCUCAGACCUCAAAACCCCAGAAUUCGUCGUGUGCUUCAGCGACUUAGUCUCCAACGACUUCAACACCCUCUUCCGUUCCCUCCCACCCGACAGGAGCUACAAGGCAGCCGCGGUAGCCGGAGACUUCCACGGCCGCCUUCUCCUGCCGUCGUCUGUCCACUUCACGUACUGUUCUUGGUCGCUCCAUUGGCUGACGGAGGUGCCCAAGGCGGCCGAGGGCCUCAUGUCUGUUUGGCAUGGUGGAGAUGAGAGAAAGGAGGUUUAUGAUGCUUAUUUGGAGCAAUUUGAAAGGGAUAUGGAAUCAUUCUUGAAGUGUAGGGCUGUGGAAAUGGUGGAAGGUGGAGUUAUGGCUCUUUUAAUUCCUUCACUGCCUGCUUAUUGGGACCCACAAAAGGAGUAUACCGUUGGGUCGUUGGCCGACCUUCUCAGAUCUUCCCUCCUCGACAUGGCCAAAAAGGGAAAAUUGAGUAAGGAAAAGUCAGAGACAUUCAACAUUCCAUAUCACGUUCCCACUCCAGGGGAAGUAAGGGCCAUAUUGCAAAAGAGCAAUAGUUUCAGCUUAGAAAGAAUGGACAGUUUGAAGAGUGGGACAUUGCUCAAUGUUGAUGGCCACGUGGCAUUUUUCAGGGCCGCUCAUCAAAAUUUACUUACAUACGAAUUUGGAGCUGAAACCAUCGAUGAAACGUUCGACCUUUUCAAGAAGAAACUCCAAGCUUCGCCAGUUUACGCAGAUCCUUCUAAUGAUAGAUCUCUUGUAGUUGUUGCUAUCCUCAAGCGCAACAAUGUUUAGUACUUUGCUCACCGAUUUUGUUGGGUGGAUAUUCGGAGGCAUCAAUAAUUCUAUUGUAUCACUAUAAAAAUAAUUUGGGGCUUUGGGAUUUAUGGUAUCUACAUAAUGUAAUAGGAGUAUGAAUUUUAUCUUACAAAAUAAAGUUUGUUGCUUUCGUGUUCCUUA